AGUCCGGCAAGCUGGCCGGGCCAGUUUGAAGCCAUAAGUCGCAUUGAUAAGAACACCGAGCUGAACACACAAAAAAAAAAAAGAAAAAAGCAAAGAAAAAGCGAAAGUGAAAACGAAACCAGUUGAUGAUGAAAACACAAGUGACACAAGUGUGUUUUAAUCUCACGAGUGAAUGCACCCCAACUAAAAUGUGUGCCUCUGCAAUUUAGAACAACAAUCAGCAAACCAGCAAACAUCUGAUUAAUAAUUAGACAGCAAUUAAAUUGGAGCCUAAGCAGUAUCAAUAACGCAGCAAGCGUUUCUUUGUGUUGAGCAUAUAUUAUAGACCUUGUCGCAUAUCAAGCAAAUUGAAGUGUGUCUGCUAAAUAUAUAUAUAUAUGCAUGGAAGAAUCAACAAGCAUGCAACGUCCGGCGCCGCACAUUGCCACGAGUAUCAUGAGUCGCAUGUCGAUCUUUGAAAAUACGACUCGGACGCAAAGUUUGGCUGAGAGGGAAGCGGACACGAUGAUGUCCAUGUCAAGUUCACCGCCAGCGACGCCCACCGGCGUCCAAACAGAUUCCGAGGGUCUCAUAUUGCCAAAGAAGCUGAUCAAUCCCUGCCUGGAGAACACAGAUCACAGAUCACUCAAUCGCGAGCUAAAGUUCAAUGCGCGCAUUGGCAAGAGUGUGCUAAAUCAGAAGACGGAACUGCAGCGUGCCUACGAGAAGCAAAAGGAGCGACAUGCGGCAGCUGAACUGCAGCAUUCACCCGAAACGGAGCUGGCCGGGCUCAAGGGCGAGCUGGGACGCGUGAUUAUGGAGCGCGCCCAGAAGCAUGAGGCGGCGACACAAAAACAGGAUGCCGAGGAGGCCGAGGAGCGGCAAUAUGUCAACCCCGAGUAUCUCAAUGUACGCGCCAAACUGCGUACGGCGAAUGCGCCCAAUUGAACAAGAACACGAAUCAACAAACAACAAAACAAGAAACAUACAACAAAUCUGUAAUCUUUAAAUAUCUAAUCUUAGUUGUGACCUAACCAAAUUAUCUGUUUAAUUAACUGGACGUUUAAUGUGCGAAUGAGUUACCCCUUUCGGAGAGUUCUUUUCGUUAUGACGUUGAAGAAGAACAUAGUGUUAAAUUUCUUUGAUAUUGAUAUUAUUAAUUUUUAGUUAAUAAGACUUAGUAAUUUCCUUUGUUCUAUGUGUAUGACAGUAAAUUGAUUAUGAAUAUGGUUAUGCUUAUCAUUUUUCACAUGUGAA